AGUCCUAGUUUAGUUGUGAUCAUAUCCCCAGCUGGACUCUUGAUUGUUGUUGUCAUUCAUCUGUCUCUCUCAGAGGCUGCUGGUCUGUGAAUGGGAGUGUGCUGUGGCCAACACCGCCGCCUGUGCUUCAGUCAGGACUAUGUGCUGCCCAUGUGCCACUCUGAAUGCACUGGCCAGCUGUUUGCGAGAGCAGGGAGGGUGGCACGGCCCACCGGGGGCGCGGCGGGAACCGGGCGAUGCCCCCUCCGUUCCGGAUCGCCGUGCUGGGAGCUCCAGGGGUGGGCAAGACGGCCAUUGUGCAGCGCUUUCUUCACGAUGACUACAGUGAGGUGGCCUUGUCCAGUAAGACCCGGCGGGUGCAUCUUUCUGCCGCAGUGCUCAAUGGUCAUGUGCAUGACCUUCAGAUCACAGAUUAUCCAGCCAUCAGCAGCUUUCCUGGCAGCACUCUGCAGGAAUGGUCAGAUGUUUGCUGUCGAGGCAUUCGAAGUGCUCACGUCUACGUUCUGGUGUACGACAUCUGCUGUUUCGACAGCUUUGAGUACGUCAAGACCAUGCGGCAGCAGAUCAUAGAAACCAGGUAUGUGAUGAAGUUAUGGGAUCAGAAAAAUGUCAAUCCGUAA